UGUCAACGCAGCGAGGCCCCAUCCAGAGAGGCUCCAUUUCUUAUCUGUGUCCGCGUACAAGACUUAGUUUUGUCAUCCCGGUAAAGUGACACCUUUUAAAUAAUGGAUGACUUGACGUUACGGAGGAAAGAUAGCUUUAACGAGUCGGUAAUCUUACACCGAGCAUAAGACUCAUCUCCGCCCAAGAGCUUCGAGGAGAAAAUGGAGAGGGAGUCCUCCUCCUACACCGGCACCGCAGGGAGAAACACGGAGCCGGCUUCGCCUGUGAGGAAAAACAUUAAUGAAGACAACACCUGCGUGGAUAAUUCCCACAGCAGCUCCCGGGAUGGCACCUGUGGUACUACUGAUGUCGCAAGAGCCAGGUGGACUCUACUGAGACAGGUGCUGCGUCGGAAGCAGGUGGACAGUCCAGAGGUCAAACAGGUGUCUGUUCGCAGGUUUGCCACGUUUGACCUUUUCAGCAGGAAAAGACUUUUGACACAAGACCCUAGUGAUACCUCGGAUGACCAGUGGGUGGAGUACAGAAGUGUCUACUUUCCUGAGUACAGUGCCUUACUCAGGGAUAACCUGGGGCCUCUUAGAGUUAAUGAAGUGCUCAACAGUUUUGACAACACGGGUAAUGUCUGUGUGUGGCCAUCUGAAGAGGUGAUGGCUCAUUACUGCCUGCAGAAACGUCACAUGUUCAAGGGCGCAGUGUGUGAGUUAGGAGGAGGUAUGACUUGCCUUGCUGGACUCAUGGUUGCCAUUUGUGCUGACGUGAAAGAAGUUCUGCUAUCAGAUGGGAACGAGAAGUCCAUUCAGAAUGUACGAGGGCUUGUCGAGAGAAACAGGCAAGCUGGAAAGUUUGGGUCAACACAUGUAUCAGCCAGGGCGGUGAGGUGGGACUGUGAGUCAGACAUUUCAGCACUAGAGGGUCACUUUGACAUUGUCAUGUGUGCAGACUGUUUGUUUCUCGACCAGUACAGAGCCUGCCUGGUUGAUGCUAUAAGGAGAUUACUUCAACCCAAUGGCAUGGCGUUGGUGUUUGCUCCGCUGCGCGGUGAAACUCUGAGACUGUUCUGUCAACUGGCCCAGAAGGCCGGGCUCUACGUCUCUCAGCACCAGCAGUAUGAUGCUCAGGUCAUGGAUGUUCAUUUAAAGAUGCUGAGGGAGGGAAAAGAAACAUACGAUGAGAACAUCCACUAUCCUCUCCUCAUCACCUUGACCAAAGGACCUCAACCUGUCAGCCACACUCAGUAAACCAAAACGAAUGAGCCUUCAGAUCUACGCGCUACCACUCCACAUGCAGUCAUGUCAAUGAUGUGAUUCACGAGCGAGCUAAGGAGGAAGAAUUGCACUGAAGGCGCAGUAUUAGAAUUCAGUAGGGUAGAGUUUGUGUUAGGGAGAGCAAAUCAAGUUGUGGUCGUAUUUGAGACAUUUUUCAUGUCGAUACUGGCCACUGAGAGGAUUCAUUGUAAGGUGGUGCAUGGCUUUGGACAAUAUUUGAGCGUGCAUGUUGUGCAGUUUGAAGAACGACCUCAUUUUCAAAGCGAUGGGGAUGCUUUUAUUGCAGCUGAGGAGGAAAAAAA